GACAUUUAUCACACCAGUUUCUCAUACCAUUUUUCCUGAUUUUUCCCUUCCAGGCUCCCACAGUAAAUAGAUCUUACUAUUUACACAAAUAAUAAUAACUUAAGAAAUAAAAAGUUCAAAAAAUCAUCAAAACCCCAAAAAAGUAUGGAGAUAAGUGUUUACGAUAUCCACCAUGUCGUCGCGAAGUUUUUGAACCUUCGGGAGCAUGUAUAUAUCGUCUCUGAUUGGCUAGUGUUCUUUUGUAGCUUCUUGUGUUGCCAAUGUGGUAAUUAUAUGGGUGAAGGUAUGCCCACUGAUAGGCUAAGCGAGGCGUCGAGCUUCGCGUACAAGAAAACUCUACGAAAAUUGGAAAUAGAUACUGCAAGGUCGUGUGAGGAACUGUUCCAGACUACAUCCUUGAAGAUAAACUUUGACCAGCCUGUAGAACCAUGCAACACGAGUGAUGACAUACCGUGCUCUAAACUAUGUACUGUCGAAGAACGAAGGGAACUGGAUGGGAAGAUUUCUCCGGACAACAGUGGCGAACCAAUAGUUACAAAGUUAACCGACAGUCCCAACACGGAUAAAUACAUUACUCCGGUAGCCAGCAGCAGUAGAACAGACGAUUAUCCAAUAGUACACAGCCAUAGAAGAUUAUCAGACCAACAUAAAGAGGUCGCAGAAGUUACCAAUUAA